AUGUACCUACCGAAUCUCCGCGAUUCACUUUUAAAUUUGCCGGUAGUUGAGAAUGAGCCGCUGCCGAGAAUUCAGGCGAUUUGUGCGAAUCGCGAGAAGAAGCUCAUCGCUGUCGCCGCCAAUAAUAUUUUGUACAUAUGGCUCGCAAAUCCGCAACUUCUUUUAUGCUCCGUUGGAGUUUCCGAUGACACGUGGAAAGAGAACAAGGGCGAAUUUCAACGAAUCUACUGGCGGCCGGAUUCGUCGGCGAUUGCUGUCACUACAAAUCGCAGCCAAAUGUUCAUCUACUCUGUUCACAUUCAAACCGACGAAUCUUGCUACAAUUUUGUCGACUCGAAUGACCCAUACUUUCAAAGGAAUUCCCACGAGCUAUUUCUCAAGGGAAACCGGCCAAUUGUCACAAUUCGGCCGACAAUCAUUAUCAAUUUAGCUGAGGUUCCAUCAUCAUGUGUCCCUUCAAGGGAGGAAAUGAUUGUUUGUGUGAAGAACGGCUUCACUCAUCAUGUCACUUGGAAUGGAAUGAUAAACGCUGAAAUGUCAUUUCGCCUUUCAAACGUUCCAUUCUCCCACGAUCAGUUGCAAUCAAAACCGGAAUUCGUCACCUCCACAUCCACCCAUAUUUCCGAUAUCACCUAUGCGCCUUUAAUUGGCGGUUUUUGUGUGGUUCUCUCCGACGGGCAGGGCGCUCUUCUGACCUCCACCGAUCCGACAUUCGCGCCAAAAUCGAUUCUGGGAGUGUGGGCGACGAAUUUAAAGGAUGCGGUUUGCUGCGAUGUCAAUCAUAAGUUUCUCUAUCUUCUCUUCGGUUGCAAAAAUGGAGAUGUAUGCGCUUAUAACGUUGAUGAAUUAUCAGGAGCUCUUGUUCAAUCAUUUCGUGUCGCACCUAAAGUUACGAACGGACCAGACUUUACGAAUCGCUUGGGACCCGUUCUCAAUCUUUGCGUGAUUUCAAAUGGCUACGGAUUUGCCGCAGUGUGGAAAUCGAAAGAAACUGAAGGUGGCGAGAAGGGUCGAAUGAGUCCGCUUCCGAGAAUGUACUCCAUAUUUACACCGUUCGGAGCGCAGACAUUCUGCAGUUUGGAGGGCGUCAUUGAAGAUAGCUCUGAAGAUUGUGGUGAAGUGUAUACGUGUAUUGAAUGGGGUCCUGAUGGAUAUCAGUUAUGGCUCGGAACGAACAAUUCUCUUCGUGUCCAACCGAUUGUGAGGUCGGCGUCGUGCGGAAACCCUUUUAUGGAGCACAUUGACCGCGCCGUUCUCAUGUCAGACUCGCAUGUGUUCAUCGGCGCCGCCGAAGACAAAGAAGCGGACGCGUGCGCGCCGCAUUCGGUGUGGGACUACAUCUCGGUGCCGCACGAGUACCUCUCAUCGAAUUGGCCGCUGCGCUACGCGUCCGUCGAUCGCAAUUAUCGACAUUUGACGGUUGCCGGCGAACGCGGAUUCGCCUAUUGCUCGCUGAUUCAUCGACGAUGGAAGAUUUUUGGGAACGAGAGCCAAGAGAAGAAUUUUCUUGUGACCGGCGGCAUGUUUGUGUGGGAGGACGCGGUUCUCGGAGCAGUUGGCACGAAUUUAGACAGCGACAAGCCGGUUCUCGCACUUUAUCCAACCAGUCAGCGAUUGGAUACCAAAUAUGCGUCGAUCAUCGAUCUUGAAGCAAGUGCAACAAUGGUGGCGUUGAGAGGCGAUGUUGUUGGAGUCUUCGACAUUGCUGCCGAAAUCACACUUUACCGCCUAUCCGCUCAAUUAAAUGGUGGAAGGGAUUCGUAUCCAAAGAUUUCUGCGGACAUUGUUAGUGUUAUUCGAAUCAACGAGCUCAUCCCUCAUCCGGCUUGUGUGGUUUCCCUCCAAAUGACGACGUUGAAUCUUGAUGUUCGCGGAAAACCGAGUCCGGUGUUCCAUUCCAACAUUGACACGAUUCUUGUGAAUAUUGCCGGCCGCCUGAUAACGCUAUGCGUUUACGGCGAGGAUGGCAAGCUGAGUCAGCCGAUGGUGAUUGCCUCGUUUGUCGAGAAGAUCUGGCACGAUCGAAGUGUGUCGCCGUCGGUGUUCAAAGUUGAGGCGAACGAUCAAAUCAAAGGCCAUCGAAAAACACCGUCGAAUUUGUCGACGCCAAGCUCGUCGACGUCCGAUUCGCCGGCGACACCGCACAAAUCAAUGUCGGUGCACCUGAGCAAUGCACUAUGGCUAGCCUGCGGUGCAAAAGGGAUUCGGGUUUGGCUUCCAUUGAUACCGGGUCGUCGGAGCACAUCAACUCAGGAAAUGACGUUCAUCGCAAAACGGAUAAUGCUGCCGUUUGAUUUGGAUAUUUAUCCGCUUGUCAUUUGCGCUCGUGAUUGCCUCGCGAUGGGCGUUGAGAGUCAAUCGCAAAUUGUUGCGAAGUGCUCGAAAUCUCAGGGCAAAUCGGAGAAUGUGUCGAUUUACGGAUUGCAUCGGAACAGCGAGGUUUUCGUUCAUCACUUGCUUCGCCAACUUCUGAAGAGGAAUCUUGGCGUGUUCGCGUUGGAAGUGGCCGCUUCGUGCCGCUCGCUACCCCAUUUCGCCCACGCUCUUGAGCUGUUGCUUCACGGUGUGCUCGAGGAGGAGGCGACGAGCAGCGAGCCGAUUCCGGACCCGCUUCUGCCGCGAUGCGUCGCGUUCAUUCACGAAUUCCCCGAAUUUCUGAAAACGGUGGCGCAUUGCGCGCGAAAAACUGAAUUGGCUCUUUGGCCGGCGCUUUUCGACGUCACCGGCUCGCCGAACGCGCUUUUCGAGAAGUGCCUCGAACAGGGCGAACUCGAGAACGCGGCGAGUUUUGUCAUUGUCUUGCAGAAUUUUGAGAGCACCGAGACAAGUAUGGAACAAGCCGCGCGUCUCGUCAGAAGUGCACUAGACGCUGGAAAAUGGUCGAUUGUUCGAGAAAUGGUGAGAUUUGCGCGAUCGAUUGGUGCCGAGGAUAUCGAUAUGGUAACACCGCCGCCUAGCGCGAAAACGUCGCUGUCGAGAAGGCCGACGGUAUCAUCGCCGGAGCAGUCGAAUGAGUUUGUGAUCAAUCGAUUUCAAGCUGGCGGCGCCGGACGACUCGCGAAAGUUCGACAUUCGCAGAAUGACAAGGAGAUCAUGAGCCGAAAAGAUUCGACGGGAAGCACGGCGAAGGCUGGACUGACGCGAGCGAUUUCGGGUGAGGUGUCGCCGCAGCCGACGUCGAAUCGACUGGCGGCACGAAUGAACAAAAUUCUCGAGGAGCACUUCUGGCAUCUUCUCAAUAAUUAUCUGAUCAAGGAUUUGGGAUUCUUCUGGUCCGAGCUUCAAUUCGACAUAUGCGGAUUUCUGGAGACGAGGCGGAGUCGACUGCAGCAUCCGUCGAAGAAUCCGAACGAUGAAUGCUGCUUGAUUGAAGACUUCCCAUUGGCUCUAACUCGACUUCAUUCGCAAUUUAGUUGGCCAUUUCCGAUGAUCGGCUCGCAAUUUGUGCAUCAGAUUGAGAAAAAGCUGGGCAAUUUGAAGAUGAGCCAGAGUACGGCGAGCUUGAAUGGAUUUGUUGAGAUGGAAUUGUCGGAGAGCUUCAAGCCAACGUCGUCUGAGAAGACGAUAUGUGUGGAUAAAUCGGCGAUUCUCGAGCGGCAAGCGUCGUCGGACGACGGUGAGCUCGAGAUUCAGGAAGCGUCCCUUCAGCGAGUCGUUGGAUCUCAAAUUGAUUUGCCGAUGCAUGAUCGACAUUCGGUGUCGAGUUUGUCGGCGAACAUUCCGCCGACAACACCAUCGUCAUCGGAGACGCGCAGUAUUGCGGGCGAUUGGCAGAACACGGAUUAUCUCGUUGGUGAGAAGUCGUCGCGCGGCAACACGGAAAGCAGUCGCCAAAUUGAGUUCAUGCUCAAUUUGUUUGCUCAAACCGGAGCCAUUGAUUGGGUGUUUGUGUUGUGCUUGAUCGGAAGGGAUGAUCGACGACUCAGGCAGGAGAUCAAUGCGGCGGUGAUACGGAAAGUCGGCGAACGCGCGUUCCUUCGGAUACGAUUCGCAUGCAGCGAGUUGGCGAGAUGGGCGGUCGAGAAAUGCUGUGGUUACGUUGCUCUACUUCAACUAUUUGAUGCUCACUUGGCAGUGGUGGCUGAGCAGUUGGGAAUCCCUGAGAAGAAGUACACGCCGCCAUCGGACUAUGAAGCGAAAUCUGAAAAGGGUAGUCGAAGUCGUCAGAAUCGGGUGAACUCGAACGUGAAGCUGAAUUCGACGUUUGCGCAGAGGAGAGAACGAAGCAGAAGCUCAGAUAGAGCGCAUCCGGCGGUUAAAAGGUAUGAUGAGGUGGUUUGUGCGGAAGACGCGAUCGAGAAAAUGGACGAAGAAGGGUGUUUAGUUAUGUAA